CAACGCUUCAAAAGCUAAAAAUUGUAAACCGUUCAAGAAGACUGUCUCAUGAAUAGUCACAAACUGAUGAUCAUAAGAUUGGUUAAAAUCUCAAAAAACUUUUGAAAGAGUCGAAUUAAAAUAAUUUAAAUAAAUCGGUCAUCGAAAACUAUACAUAUCAACUUAUUCCCAGUUCGUUCUAUGUCAAAGAAAAGUCAAAGGUUUUCCCCCCAAAAAAAGUUAAAGGAAUGCAUUUCAAAUCGUCAAAAACCGAAUAGCACCACUAAAGGAUUCUAUAUGGGAUAUAUAAUGACUGGGUUCGGAUUCAGAACCAUUCAGAUGAGUCAAUUCGCUCUUACUGGCCCAGAAGCCUCCUCUUCACAACCAUCACUCUUGUUAGAACAACAACCAGAGUUUGACAUCACCGAUGCUUUUGCCUUUGACGAUAUGGAAGUUGAGGAAGAAAGUACAUCUGACAGUGGUUUCACGUUACCUUCAUUAUUGAGAAACACCAAGUUUGAAUUCCGAAUCCCUAAAGCUGAUCUCUCACCACCGAUCCAUCGACGUAUAAUCGAAUUAAGAACUGGCAUCCCAUUCAACCUAUCCCACAGAAAAAAACAAAAAACAAAAGUUAAAGAGGUUAGAGAAAAGAAGACUAGAAAUCAAACAAGACUUAGUCCUUUAAGUCAACCGAUCUCCAUCAAUCUUGAUCCAUCAAAUGAAGAAGAUUCUCAAGACUCGAUGCCUUUGUUUGUACUUAAUCUUGAAGCUUUUACUUGUUUAAAUAAUCCAUAUUCGAAACCUCAGAAAUGGACGACUCAUCCAGAUCAAGGGUUAAGGUCUAAGAAUCCCGUGAAUCAUUCAAAACCAAAUCGAUCUUUGAAAUCUUCCUGUUCCAACUUGACUACUGAAGCUCCUUUAUUCAAUUUCGGAGAUCUUCCUCAACGGAAAUUAAAAGGUGUGAAACGAAAACACAAACUUGAUUCAAAUCAGAAUACCUCAGGCUCCAAGAAAAGGCCACGUCAAAGUUGUGAUAAGAUUUAUCCUGAUGAUCUUAACCCUAAUAAUGUUUUCCAAACUUUUCAAAGUUCUUCGAAUCCGAUUUCCACGAUUUUUACAUAUGACGAUCAUCAUUCUUCUCAUUCAAUUGAUUUCAAUUCACAAAAUCCAAUUCAAUCUACCAGUCGCUGUAUGAUGAUCGAAGAUAGACCUUAAAAAUCUUACCUUGAAAAGUUUAAAUCAAAUUGACUCUAUACUUCAUCGUCUCUUUUGCUUUGGUUCUCUUUUGGAUCUUUGGUCUCAUGUAUUUGAAUGUGAUGAUGAUAUAGUGUAUGUAUAUAGAAACUUUAAUUUAUGCUCGGAUUUGUAUCUGUUUUUAUAGUGAUUGACUUUCUGGAUGCUUAAAUUAAAUAAAGGUUUCUUUC